AAAAAAUGUAAUCAACCUGCAUUUCUCUUCUACCUAAUUGGGUAAUUUUCUCCGAAUUUAUGGUCUUCCAAUCCCUUUGACAAAGGCUGUUACAUAGAGGUUUGGUCACUAGACCUGAAAUCUUGAAAGCGUAAAGAAAAAGGAGGACAAGUGUUUCAUGGAAAACCGGAGCACAAUAAAUCAACAGUGUAAAUUGGUAAAUUCUUCAGGGUAAAACCGUCAAAGCGACAUUUAUUCCACACUAUCUCUCGUACACGUCGCCAUCCUUAUCCUUAAACAUCCAGUAAUCCUCCACUUCAAUCCCCAAUUAGUAAUUCCGAAUAGCACUGUUCCGAUUCUUCAACCUCCGACGUCGUAUCGAUUCAUUUACCCGACAGAAAUGGCGACAGGCGGUGGCCCUGGCAUCGGCUGGGGAGGCGGCGAUAGCAGCGGCGAUGGCUGGAGAGCCUGGCCGACGGCAAAGAAACAACGCGCGGGGAGUGGCGGCGGCGGCGGCUGCGGCAGUGGGACUGGGUGGGAACCCAGAAUGACGGAGAAGAAACAACGGGCGGGGAGAAGCAACACCCGAUUCCCUUCCACCUACGCUAUUAUCAUUGGUUCUUCCCCCGCCGACGAUUCCCCCGACGAGCUCCCUCACAAACCCAGUGGUGGCGGUGUCCGACGUUCCGCUUCGUAUUCCCUCCUUGAUGCGUCCUCCGCUUCAUCUUCCUUCUCAUCCCCUGCCACCGCAGGUUUCGGCGAUUCCUCCACCGCCGAUGUCAUUCUCCAUCUCUACAUCGAAAAGCCGUCCCUUUUUGACUCCAGUGGUUCCGAGCAUGCUCCGGCAUCCGACAUUUCCGAUGUCCAUCUGUAUCUUCAUUCCGACGUCCUUCGCCGUGCUAAGUACUUUGACGCCUUGCUAUCCGAUCGCUGGCAAAAGGACUCAACCCGUGAUAAUGUUGAAAACCCUCAAAUUAUCUACCGAUUGAACCUUGGGGUUUCGCCUUCUUAUGGAUCAAUCGAUCAUCACUACUCUGUUCUUAAACUCCUCUACAGCAGUGAUCUCUCUGGAAUCAUUAACAACGUCACGAAGGCUACGUCUUUACUGCCUGUAGCCUUAGAAUUACUCUUCGAGGACUGCGUCAAGUUUUGCGUGAAAUUCCUUGAGGCGGUGCCUUGGACUGAAGAUGAGGAGAAAAAAGUCUUGAGCAUAGUCCCAUUGCUAAGGGAAGACGAGUCUCAAGAGCUAUUGGCUAGGGUUUCGCCUGCAAAAAACGAUUCAUCUGAAGAGAUGCUUCACGGUUUAAUUAUGUCGGCCAUCCAUAAUCAUCCAAACAUGGCCUUAGCCAAACUUUUCGUGGCGAAAUUGCUGAGGGAUUAUUCAUCAAAGGAGUCGGCGAGGAGAGUGUUGGAUCGAGCUUUUCAAACCAGCUUGAAAGUGGUCAAGGAUUCGAUGGAGCAGUAUUCUAGUCCAGACUUUCGGGGCGACCAUAAUGAAACUGAGGCAAUUCAGAGAUUGAACUUGCACACUGCGAUGACUAGUGGGAGGCAUUUGUUGUGGCUGAUUGAGAGGAUGAUUGAGUUGAGGGUUGCUGACAAUGCUGUGAUAGAGUGGAGUAACCAGUCUUCUUUGACUUCAGAUUUACAGAGGGCUUUUCGUGAUGAUGCCUGGAGGAACAUUGUACCUGGAUUCCCGUCUUUGAUUCUUCGUUGUACUUUUAAGCUUGCUAAUGCUGUUUCAACUGGGGUUGUUUUGGCUGCUAGACAGGUGCGGAUGGGGCUUGUCAAAGAUUGGCUUCCAGUGGUGAUCGCAUGCAAAGAUGUGGUUACCCCUUUGGUGUCAUCGACCUUUAAAUCUCUCUAUCCAGAGCUAGAACAGGUUUUCCUGAAUAUCAUAUCUACGCUUCCCAUGUCAGAUGCUCAAGAGUUGUUGCAGCAGUGCGUUAGCUUUUCAACUCGAAAUGUUGAUGACUGUCCACAUUUGCUCAACGCAUUUACGACCUGGUUCCGGCGUGCUGACCAGUACCAGUAGUUGGCUGAAACUGAACGCCUUUAGAAGUUUCUUAGUAGGGUGCUUCUGGUAACACAUUUGUUUCAAAACCUUUUUUAUUGCCGUACCGUAGCCUUGGCGUCUGUAAAUGUGGGUUCUUGGUAAACUUCAUUAAGUUCGCGUUCUUUUGUUUUGUUUUGGGAGAGGUACUUCUGAUGGUGGCAACUGUUUGUUUCCUGGACCAUCUGAGACCUCAAUAGGCAAACUAGUGCAACUUUGAAUCUGUAGUUAUGAGUUUAAACAUCUGCUGUAUAUAAAUCUACUAGUUUGCUUUAGUGUUUCUUGUCUACCGUUGUUUCAUUUCUGACUCUACUAUAUCUACUUGUAUGUUAUCUCCUCAAGAGCUGGUAUCUUUGGUGACUAAGUUUACCGUUUAUGGUUGUAAUGCUCAAGUUCAUUAGGAGGAAGCAAAAGAGGGAUGGAAAAUGGGGGAUAAUGGAGAGGCGAUCAAAUUAAUUCACAAACUGAAUGUUUUAAAGGCUUG